AUGGAGAGCCUUAUUGUGAUUUUGGGUAUUACUGGCAAUCAGGGAGCAUCAGUUGCAGAUGUAUUUUUGAAGGAAAAAGGAUGGAAACUACGAGGCAUCACUCGAGAUGUGACAAAACAGUCAAGCCAGACCUGGAGCCAGAAAGGUGUUGAGAUGGUACAAGCUGAUCUAAACAACCCCGAAUCACUUCGAAAAGCGUUUGAAGGAGCGAAGGUUAUCUUUGCAGUCACAGACUUUUGGACUCCAAUGUAUGACCUAUACAACUAUGGCAAGCUGCGUCAGGGUCAGAGCAUCAGCGAGUUUUGUUAUGAUCUCGAGCUUCAGCAAGGAAAGAAUGUCGCUGAUGCGGCGGCAUCCAUUGAAACGCUGGAGAGAUUUGUUUUCUCUGGUUUGGUUAAUAUCAAAAAUACCACCAAAGGAAAAUAUACAUGGGUGUAUCACUUCGACGCUAAGGCCGCAGUAAUGGAGUACAUCAAGACUUCUUUGCCGGAUCUGAACAGGAAAUCCUCGGAACUCCAGCUUGCCGAAUAUGCAACAAACUGGCGUGUUUGGAAGUUGAGGCAACUUCAUAAACAAGAUGAUGGUACCUUUGCAAUGCUGCUCCCCGGUGAUUCAAUGGCAGGAGCAGCCUUCGUUGUACCCAGAAUAGACACAGGUUACUUCGUGAGGGCAUUGGUUAACCUGCCGCCAGGAAAGAAGCUGCUAGGCUAUGGAAGCUUUCUCAAUCAUGAGGAAUAUGUUCGCAUAUGGACGGGUAUUUUGGGAGUCCCGAAUGGUGGAGUCAAAAGGAUCACAGUCGAGGAAGCUGCCGCUUUUGAAGGAGGUCCCCACGGACGGGGAGUUGCUGAAACAUUCGCAAGUGUCCUUGAAGUCAACUUUCUGGAUGAUAGUUUCAUGCACCCCCGCCAGAUUCCAAACAAGGAGAUCGAAUGCCCAACGACCAACAUCGAGGAAUACUUGAAGAGCCAGGAUUUCUCUUCAAUGCUCCAGCGUACACCUUGA